CAUUUAGUAAUGCUUUCAUUUUAAUUGUAUUUACACAUAUUGAAUACAUAGUUAAUAGGUUAUUAUGAUGGUAGAGAAGUGUUCGGAAUGGAUUUACUUUAUUUGUUAAUCUUGUUUGCGCUAAGUUUUACAAGAGAAAGUGAGACUGCCUGUGGUAAUCUGACAUAUCUCGAGCCUGCAUUUCAAUGGAGAAAUGUGACGUUUGUGUUCGAACCGGACAAUUACCAAAGCGAUAUACUACCUAUUUUGAAAAACGAGCAAUACAAUAUGGGCGGUCAAAGGGUCUCAGUCAGUGCUGAUCCAACCAGGAGUGUGUACCUUAUUGUUUUAAACACCUACGUUGGCGGUAGAAACUAUGCGGGCACGUAUUUUUCUGUGACUCACAAUAAAUGCAGCUCAGAUCGAGUACGCCUAGAUUUAAGAGUUAUUUCAGAUUGCGGAUAUAUGUAUAUUAGGACCAAGGUGGUUACCGUUGGAGGAUAUGUCGAGUUAGGCUACUUUCCCGCUUUAAGCGUUAUAAACAAGUAUCAUCUUUAUGUUCGCCAAUGGUAUAACGCCACCUCCUCAUCAGAUAUGCAUUUAUUAGAUGAUUAUUUGUCUGAGAGAAAGGAUCCCAACUGGGAGUUUGUUCUGACAAUACACAACGUAAACCGAUGGACGUCUGGAAACUACAGCGUGAGAUGCACAGAUGACCGUCCUGGAAGGAACAAGUUUACACAACCCGUUGAAAUAAACGUCAUUGGUAAGCCCUCGCUUCAUUCCUAUAAUCAUACUUCCGAAUGUGAUGAUUGCUUAGUCGGAAUAAAUGGACAAGAUUUGGGCAGUCAUAUUUACUGCCAUACAACCGGCGGAACUGUUCCAACAAUAUAUGUCGGAGAUAGAAAAGUAACCGUACACUUUGUUAGUAAUGAUACAUACCGGCCGUCGUAUGUUGCGAGUAAAGACGACCACAUGAAGGUCGUUACAUGCAGCGUCUUCAAUGCAGCUAUGGCAACGCCACUUAACACCAGUUCCAAACUUUAUGUCGCAGUUAAGCCAGACAACGCAGUUCUCGCCGUACCCACACUGAAAGAAGGGGAACCAGCAGAAAUCACGUGUUCUUCCAAGGGAGGGAGACCGCCGUCAACAUUAACACUAAUGAUCGGUACGAUGAACGUGACUGCAAAUGCUAGUACAACAACUAUUUUAAACGAAGAGUUCGGAAGCUUCACAACACAGAUUGUUUUGGAAGCAGCUGCUAAGAGAGAGUGGCAAACGCGAGAGGUGAUUUGCUCCCAACGGACGCCGUUGUUUUCUAGCUAUAAAACUGAAAAAGAAAUUAUAGACUGUAAAUACCCUCCGUCAGAGAUAUUGCUGGAGUCACCAGAUAUGCCCUCCAGACUUCAAGACAUCUACAAUCUUAUGUUUAGCUGUGAAAUUAAAGAUUAUAACGAUAACUGCAGAUUAGAAUGGACCUCAAACAAACCUUCACUCCUAGAGGGUAUAAUUCCAAAAGAAAUAACGAACGCUAGAUCCAUAAGGUCCAUAAUGAACGUAUCAGUCACCAAGGAGGACUUGGGCAAGGUGCUUAUCUGCAAUGCUGUGUGUUCCAGCUUUCAGCGUGACAUCUCGAAGUCGUACGCUCUACUGGUACCUUCAGCCAAUACUCCCGUCGUCCCAAUCGGUAAAGAUAAUGAGAAACGGGGAGUAAAGGAAACAGAAAGUGCAUCUCCCUUAUCAUGGAUAGCUGUGGCAGUUGGAUGUCUUGUACUUGCUUUAGUUUUGGGAUAUGUGAUCGUUGUCAGGAAAAGAAGUCAACAGAAUGGAAGAGUAAACAUACCAAAUGAAUCGAACAACGUUCAACUCGGAAAUGUUGAAACAGGCGAUGCUUCUCCUUUCAAUGAAAAUAUACAACAUGCGCCCUGCGUACCGACAAAGGCGACAGACGAUGGCGCAUUGGUUUACGCUGAUUUGGACAUUAAAUACUUGAAAGAAAGCGCUGCAAACAAAAAUCGAUCAGAGGGAUCCGAUCCAGUGGAAUAUGUCGAUAUUAACUUCUCAGCGAAAGCAUUAACCUCUGAAAGCAAAAACGUUUAGGAAAAAUAAUUAAUGUGUUCUUUUAAGACAGUAUUAUUUUCUUCAACAUUUGUCCAGUGGGAUAACUUCGUUCUGGCAAAAAUUGUUUUUUAUAUCUUUUAUAUUUCAGAACAAGUAUCAAUGAUUGUGAGCGCGGUAACUUAUCCAAUAUCCGGCUUUCUAAUAAUGGAUAUUAUACCUUAAACUUGCAAAACGAUGCAUAAGCUGACUAGAGUUCGUUACGGCGUCACUUGAGGUUAAGGUUUAUACAACACAACCGAUAUUAUUAAAGUUUACGAAUUUUCCUUUUUUAUUUAAUUUUGUAAAUAUGUUUACAUCAGUAGAUAAUUUAGUACUGUAUUGUACUAGUAUUGGACAAGUCAUAUAUCAGUAAUAUACAUGCAGCUUAUGUGAAGAUAUGUUCAAGUUCUUGGUAAGAAAGGAGAGUAUUAAAAGAAUAUAAAGAUAUAUAGGCUAGGGUAGUUUAAUUGUAGAAGGGGGAGAUGAUUGAGAAAGAUUUCAGGUGAAAAAAGUAUGAAAAUACUUACCGUUGUUUGCUUUUUAAGUAAUGUACAUAUAUACUUUUAUUAUAGUAGUAAGAGACAGAAUGUUUUGCCAAGUAAAACUUGAGCUAUAUAAGAAUAAUACCAUUCGAUUUCACUUUCUAUUUUGAAUUUGGUUAUACUUACUUCCAUUAUCUUUGCUAAACGAAUUUAAUUAAUUAUUCGUUUUUAUUUUUUACAUUCACCAUACUGUUGUAAAUAUGGCAUUUUGCUUUCAAUACUAUGCAAUUACUGAUUGCCGAAUAAUCUUUUUUCAGUUGUAGAAAUUAUUUUGUUUUAUCAUCAUUUAGUUCUGAGAUAUUCCUUUUACUGAUUAAAACCAGACUGAUCUGGCACUCCAAGAACAAGUGCUUUAUUGUUUCAAUAUGCACGUUACACAAAGGUUAGACUGGACUAUCUAACAAUUUAAUAAAAAUAUACUUAAAACAACAAUAAAAACGACAACACUAUUUUACUACAAACGUUUAAGCUUUUCGAAAAAAAUAAAUAUCAUAUUAUGAUUUUUAUUAUUUUUGUGCAAGUAUAAAACAAGCGUCUCUAAACUCGCCUUAAGAAUGUUAAUUAUGCUUAUAUUUGUACUGCGUCUAUUACUCAUCAUAUAUGAUUUAUAUAUUGCAAAUCCAAUGUAGGCUAGCAGUAUAUUGAUAUCAUUGUAUUCUUUACUGUAUACUUUGUAUCCUAUAACAAUAUAUUUAAGUGAUUUAAAUGAAUGUUCAAAAUUACAACUCUUGAAUAUACCAAUUAUAACAUUCCAGAAAUGUUCUACAUAUCUACAUUGAAUAAAAAAGUGGUCGAAAUCUUCCAUUUCAUUACACACGGAACACAUUGGAUUAGAUCUUAUUUUCCAGGUGUAUAGGUUUUUAUUAGUAGCUGUUAUUCUAUGAAUCAAUUUGAACUUAAAUUGUUUGAUUCGAUUAUCAAAUAUUUUUUUAUUCAACACAAAAUAAACCGAAUUCCAUGUAAUAUGAGUAUCAUCAAAUUCUGUUUCCCAUGACCUGUGUGUGUAUGGUUUUGUGAAUUUCUUGCCAAUUAAGAGUUGUUUUAUGCAUUUGUUAGUGCUAUUCAUGAACUUAAUUUUGUUCGGUAAUACUAUAGUACAGUCUGUUCUAACGUUUGCUCUUAUUGAAUGAUGCGUGUUUAAUGUUUGUUUCCAAGUUGUUGGAAUAGCUUUUUUUAAGCGGUGUAUUUCAGAUAUCCAAUUAGAUUUUGAUUUUAAUCUAUUUAAUAUAAAUGCUUCAUUGAUCUUUC